UACCGGGGCGGGCAGGAGAGCGACUGGGUGUCUGGUCUAGGAGAGGCCCUCAUGGCCUUCAACAUAGGAGACGAAAGGGAAGGGGGUAAAUGGAAAGAGAGCGCCAAGGACACGGAGGUGUGGUACAACAAGGUCGAGGACGGGGCGGCAUGGUUCAUGAGGAAAUGGCACAGGCAGGAGGUGGAAGCGUCUGCGAAGCGCCAGCGCGCAAGGAAAGCACAAGCAGAGAGUACGGCCAUCUCAGGACCGAAGAGAAAGAGAGCGGUGGGGGGGAAGAAACGGCGACCGGGCACUGCUGUAGAAGCGAGUAGGGCGGCCGAGGCAGCACUUGUGGCGAUCUAUGUACCCGGCUGAUGCUGUUGCGCCCUGUUUCCCUCCCUGCUGUAUGCUAUUCUCCUCUAUGUAUGUCCUUUGUAUUGCCUUCGUCCUCUGUGCUGUGCUUCGUUUUUUCAUGACCUCCCUGCCUACUCUGCUGUGUUGGGUACCUUGAUCUCGCUUUUGCGGUUGCCUUUGUUUUUGUACGUCUGGCUGUCUGCCCAUCUGCCGCCUCUUUGUCUUGUUUGCUCCGUCACUCCCAUGCCCUGGUGCGUAGUGCCUGGUGCUGGUACGUUACACUUUGAUUUUUUCAUUGGGCGGGUGUGGGAAGCGUCCUCCUUUAUUUUUGUUUUUGUUUUACUUUGAUCGGUUCCCGAGGGCUCUUUUCUCGAACGGUCGGUGCGAUACCUGUUCUUUUCUUUCUAUCAUUUUGUUGUCUUUU